GUGAGUUCUCCUUUCCAUUUCUGUAAAACCCUAAAUUUGAUUUUGCCCCUUGACUCGCCGCACUUCUUUCCGUGAUUCCUGCAACAAACUUCGCUCGCAAAACUCGUCCAAAUUUUUUUACUACGGGAAAAUUCGCCGUUCUUGUUGUUCUUGCAUGUUAAUUUAUCGAGAAAAAUAUGAAUCGUUUGGAUGGUGGGUGUGAAAUCUCGGUGAAAAAAUGACAAAUGGGAACUUGUAGAUGACUGAAAAUAAUAAAGAAUACGCUGCGGGUUAGAUUGAAAGAGCUGACGUGCAGUGAAAAGAGUGAGCCGCAAGGCAGGUGUCGAACAAGAGAACGAGCAGUGAAUAAAAUAUCAUAUUAAACUUGAAGUAUUACAUAUGUUCUUUUGCUUUUGGAUCGGUCUCUUUCGCCUUUCUUCCAGCUAAUAACAUUGAUGUUCUUUCUUUCUUUCUCUAUUUUCUUUUCUUUUCCUUUCUUUCCUUUCCUUUGCUUGCUUUUUCAAUUUGUUGAUCUCGUCUCUUGGGUAUUAACUAGGCUUUUGCUGUCAUGUGAAAACAGAGCAUUUCAUGGCUGUCUCUGCUGCUGAUGGUCCCUAAAAUUCUCAUCACCUUUACUGUUUAUUCUCAAUAGGUUCCUUGGCUGUCUGUUUUGAGAUUUUCCUGUCGAUUUGAAGAAGCAAAAUGAGUGGUUCUGUUUUGGUGGCUGUUGCUGCUGCUGUUGGAAACUUUUUGCAAGGAUGGGAUAAUGCGACUAUAGCAGGAGCUGUCCUGUACAUUAAAAAGGAAUUCAAUCUUGAAAGUAGCCCCACUGUAGAAGGGCUCAUUGUGGCCACAUCCCUUAUCGGAGCCACUGUAAUCACAACAUGUUCAGGAGCAAUAUCAGAUUGGCUCGGCCGCCGGUUGCUGUUAAUUUUAUCAUCUGUUCUUUACUUCAUCGGUGGCAUUAUAAUGCUGUGGUCUCCCAAUGUAUAUAUCCUUCUCUUAGGAAGGCUCUUGGAUGGUUUUGGAAUAGGUUUGGCUGUUACAUUGGUUCCGGUAUACAUAUCUGAGACUGCUCCCCCUGAAAUCAGAGGAUCAUUAAACACACUUCCUCAGUUCACUGGCUCUGCUGGAAUGUUCUUCUCGUACUGCAUGGUUUUUGGGAUGUCUUUAAUGGAAUCCCCGAGCUGGAGAUUGAUGCUUGGGGUUCUAUUUAUUCCCUCUCUUAUAUAUUUAGCAUUGACAAUAUUUUUCUUGCCCGAGUCACCUCGCUGGCUUGUCAGUAAAGGCCGGAUGCUUGAGGCCAAACGAGUGCUGCAGAGGCUCCGAGGCAGAGAAGAUGUAUCUGGGGAGUUGGCUUUACUUGUUGAGGGUCUUGGAGUUGGGGGUGAGACCUCCCUUGAGGAAUUCAUAAUUGGUCCAGCAGAUGACCUUCCUGACCAAGAUCUACUGACUGACAAAGAUGAAAUCAAAUUGUAUGGACCUGAACAAGGACUCUCCUGGGUUGCUAGACCAGUUACAGGACAGAGUUCUAUUGGCCUAGUGUCUCGGCAUGGAAGCAUUAUAAAUCAGAGCGGGCUUGUUGAUCCUCUCGUCACUCUCUUCGGCAGUGUACAUGAGAAGCUUCCUGAUACAGGAAGCAUGCGCAGUACACUCUUUCCUCAUUUUGGCAGCAUGUUCAGUGUUGGAGGUAACCAACAUAGAAACGAAGAGUGGGAUGAAGAGAGCCUUGCUAGAGAGGGUGAGGACUAUCAGUCGGAUGGUGCUGGUAAUGAUUCGGAUGAUAACUUAAGGAGUCCUUUGAUAUCGAGACAGACGACAAGCAUGGAAAAGGACAUGGUUGCACCUGCUCAUGGUAGUCUUUCAAGCAUGAGACAGGGCAGUCUGGCUGGAGAACCUGUAGGAAGCAUGGGGAUUGGUGGGGGCUGGCAACUUGCUUGGAAAUGGUCUGAGAGAGAAGGCCCUGAUGGAAACAAAGAAGGGGGGUUUAAAAGAGUUUAUUUGCACCAAGAGGGCAUUUCUGGACCUCAGCAAGGAUCUAUAGUGUCUCUUCCUGGUGGUGAUGCCCUGACCGAUGGAGGCUAUAUUCAGGCUGCUGCAUUGGUCAGCCAACCAGCUUUAUACUCGAAGGAGCUUAUGAAUCAGCAUCCAGUUGGACCAGCUAUGGUCCAUCCCGAAAGCAUAACAAAAGGGCCAAGUUGGGUUGAUCUUUUCGAACCCGGAGUCAAACACGCACUGCUCGUUGGAGUAGGAAUUCAAAUACUUCAGCAGUUCUCUGGCAUAAAUGGAGUUCUGUAUUACACUCCACAAAUUCUUGAGAAAGCAGGUGUUGGAGUCCUUCUUUCAAACUUGGGGAUUGGCUCUUCUUCUGCAUCUUUACUGAUCAGCGGUCUAACCACAUUAUUGAUGCUCCCUUCAAUUGCAGUGGCGAUGAGAUUAAUGGACAUCUCAGGUCGUAGGACUUUAUUACUGUGGACCAUCCCUGCCUUGAUAGCAUCCCUCAUCAUCCUAGUUAUUGGUAGCCUAGUGCAGAUGGGCAGCAUAGUGAAUGCAUCUAUCUCAACAGUCAGUGUAGUUGUUUACUUCUGCUUCUUCGUCAUGGGGUUCGGGCCAAUCCCAAACAUAUUAUGUGCAGAAAUCUUCCCGACCCGAGUCCGUGGCCUAUGUAUUGCGAUUUGUGCAUUGACAUUUUGGAUUGGUGAUAUCAUCGUCACAUAUACGUUGCCCGUGUUGCUCAACUCUAUCGGGCUUGGUGGUGUUUUCGGGAUGUAUGCAGUUGUUUGCAUCAUAUCAUGGGUGUUCGUCUUUCUAAAAGUUCCUGAAACCAAGGGAAUGCCUCUUGAAGUAAUCACCGAGUUCUUCUCUGUUGGUGCCAAACAGCUUUUAGCUGCUAAAAAUGGUUGAAAUUCAUCACACAAAUUCAAAUUUUUUACUGUUUGAUACCUUUGGUUGAAUUUGAUAUUAAUGAUCUUUAAAAUGCAAGCUCAGUUUUUGUAAA